AUGAGUCGCUUGCUUCGUGAAGCUACGAGUCGACGUGGGAAGUCGAUCGCCAUUUAUAUAGCCGAGGAAGUUACAGACAAGGGAUAUCGUCGUCUCGUCGACGCUAUUGACCCAAAAAUCUUGGAGAAGACAACUGAAAGGGUGCAGACGGCAUUGCAAGGCAAAAAGCUCCUGACAAAAGAACAGGAGCAGGUAGUUGCCAGCGCCCUUAUCACUUCUAUGGAGCACAAAAGCCAAGGCGACCCCAACACGCACUCCUCUCUCGAGUUAUACGACGAACAUGGGAACAUGAUCGCCAAAGCCCAUGUGACACGGGACAAGGAUAAACAAAAAGUAUUAUACUACCCGUUAAUGACGAUGAAGAGAAUUGAACAGUACUUACUAAUUAGUGGAAGUUUAGGAAGCUCGAGCUGUCUCGUGAAGAACAUUGCUAGAAUUUCAGGGUAA